GGCAAUAUUUGACUGGGUAGACAUUGCUGGUAUCAAGUUAGCAUCCAUGUCCCCAGUUGGAACGGAUCUGGAGACAGUGAAGCAGCAAACUGAGGAACUUAAGCAAUUUAAAACAGAAGCUUAUCAGCAGCAGAUAGAAAUGGAAAGACUGAACCAUCAAGCAGAGCUAUUGCUGAAGAAGGUAACACAGGAAAGUGACAAGCACACUGUGCAAGACCCUCUCUCAGAGCUCAGACUAAUGUGGGACAGCCUAGAAGAAAAAAUUAUAAAUAGACAGCACAAGCUGGAAGGUGCCUUGUUAGCCUUGGGGCAGUUCCAGCAUGCCCUGGAUGAGUUACUGACGUGGCUGACGCAUACAGAAGACUUGCUGAACGAACAGAAACCCGUGGGUGGAGACCCCAAGGCUAUUGAAAUUGAACUUGCCAAACAUCAUGUGCUACAGAAUGAUGUCUUAGCUCACCAGUCUACAGUAGAAGCAGUUAAGAAAGCAGGAAGUGACCUGAUUGAAUCAAGUGCCGUUGAAGAAGCAAGCAAUUUACAGAGCAAGUUGGAACUUCUGAAUCAGCGCUGGCAAAAUGUGUUGGAAAAAACAGAACAAAGGAAACAGCAGCUGGACAGUGCCUUGAUUCAGGCCCAAGGUUUCCAUGGUGAAGUUGAAGAUAUGCAGCAAUGGCUGACAGACACUGAACGUCAACUAUUGGCAUCAAAACCUGUUGGAGGCUUACCAGAAACAGCAAGAGAGCAGCUUAAUACCCAUAUGGUAAGUAUCAGUAUUAGAAUGCUUUGCAAAUUGCAUUUCAGGACUAUCUUUCAUGAAUAUUUAUGCUAAAUACAGUGCAUGGUCUAUAUAUCACAAUGUCUGUACUGUAUCUUAAAAAAUUUAGUAGCCUUUCACAACAGCACUGUUAUUUUCUGUGGAGUGAAAGUAGUAAUUUGGGAGGUGCCCAAAGCUUAGCCAUUGUCCUUGUUUUCAGAAGGGAAAACAGAAAGUGUUUACAGAUUUUUUCAGUGAUUCAUAUGCUCCUUCCCUCUUCUGUCCCCAUAACUACCAUUUAUACUCCUUCUCAGAAGACCAAUCUAAAAGGGAUCCACAUUCAUUUGGACCUUGAAUCAAGGGACUUGAUCUUUUAUUCUUUAUUUAACCAAUGCUGACAUUGAAAUCAUCAUUAGCACAGAUGUAAUUAGGACUAAUGGGUCAUAAAGACUCUGCUUUAAUUAGAAAUGGAAAUCUGAUCAGGAUGUCUGAAUUAUUCCCUUCCUUCCCUUCCUUCCUUUAUAAGAGAAAAACUAUGGAUUUUUUCCCCUGUAGGGCCACAAAGCUUGAUAAAGGACACUUUAAGUUUUGAAGCCUUACCUCAGAGGAAGGUAGUGCUCCAUUUGUAUAAAGCCAUGCUAUGCUGUUAGGCUCGGAUAUAAGCUCAAGCCCAGUGAUUUGAACUUCUGACCUCUUUGCUCGGAUGUGAGAGUGAUAUUUACUGAACUGACCUUGAGCUCUAAGAUGCCUGGCACAGUUUCCACCAAAACACUGCAUUGUCACAGCUUAAUAAAUCACAUUUUAUUCUGGAAUGAUGCAAAAGGUUUUGCCCACAGAUGUGAGGCCUUUUUUUCAAAAUUUACCAGUAACUGUUUUUCAGAGGAAUAGUAUUUACAGUUUCUGAAUCAGUUAUGACAGGAAACAAGUGUGAAACAUAGAAAGGAUCUUAAUUCUUUCAUAUCCCCCUCAAAUCUGUCUCAUUCUGUGUUUAAA